CUAUCAGACUGAAGAUUUUUUUCAAUAAAUCAAGAAAAUGAUAAUUAUUGAACUCAUGCGACUAAUUGAUUUAUUGCGGCAAGCGGUGCACCCCUAAUCAUCACGAUAAACUUUAAAUCUAUAUCGCCCUUCUCUACCUUAAACUAUCACUUUGUUUAUUACCUACUUACUGAAUUAAAUUUAGAUAUAGGCUAUACAUAUAUAGGGAUUGUUUUUAAAAGCAUUCUAUGUGGGUAUUCAGAUGUUGCACAGCAGAAAUCAGGCUAAACAUGUUUAAAGCAAGCACAUCGUCUGAUAAUUACAUAUAUAAUGUCCAGGCAUGUGUGCAGCAUGGUGAAAAUCCGAGUGAGUCCGAGUCUGUGCAGCAUUCUGCUUUGACACCUGUCAUCAUCCUGAGCAUCAGCACCACCGGUGGGGUUGGUGUCAUCUAUUAUAACAUGGCCUCCUAUGGCUCCAUGCUAAUGAUCAGAGCUGCUACCUGCCCGUCUCUACCGUCUUUUUACCGCAUCACCCCGAACCCGGACACCGUCUCCGGAUCCCUGCAUGCGUGUUCCGGUGAAGAAACCGAGGCUAGCUCGGGGAAACGCGUGUUAUUCUCGGCCGCUUUGUGCAGAUCACUGGCUCCCUACCUCUACCAUGGUCAGAUACGAUGAUUGUGAGGCUAGCUUUUGAUGGAUCAGCACCAUCCUUACCAAAUUGAAUUCUUUAUUUUGAACUGCAACGCGUUGGCCUCGGGCCCUUGGAGUCCUGGCACCAGCGCUGGAAGAGAGCCUAAUCCCGAGGCAGGCUUCUGACCAGGUUGUUGUUGAUCAUCAGCCAUCGCGACGGUGGGGUGGUGGGGGAGCUUUAACAAGUAGGCCUCAUCCCCCGGCUGUGCACUGCACCCGGACCCACCGCUGCCGGAGCGGCUCAGUCAGCUAGGACAGCCCCGCCGGACCCAGCGCAGAGCAUGGCUACAAAAACACUGUGAUGGGACCCCUCACAAAACCAAAAAAACAACAACAAAAAAACAAAACAAAAAAACGAAAAUACACCAGCCGGGCAUACAAAAGGCAUUUCGCAGAGGUGUCUCCGCUGCUGCAAAAUAGCACGCCUGCAGCAGCCAGCAAGCAGCUACAGACGGGGCUGGCUGCGUCAAGCUGCACGCAAAAAACCCGCAUGCCAGAGCGGAAAUAUUUUCUGAAAGUAGAACAGGACUCUAAAAAUCUACAUCACGCACACUUAAGUUGGUGUAUGUGGGACGGCUGGGUCACUGCAGCAAAGAAGUCGGUGAGUCUGGCUCUCACGUGCGGCCGUAGCCAGUCCAAUCCUCUUACAGCCUCCCCCACGGGCCAGACUAUGAGGUCGGCUUGCUGAGUCCAGGUCUUAUCCUGAAGAUGCCGAAGAUCCUCGGCACGGAGUCACGCCAGCAUGCAUCAGAAACCACAGCCAACCCAUUUACCUCAGUGCACACGCUGUGCUGACUGUAAGGUUUAUGGGCAGCCUCCCAACUCUGAUGGCAACUCAACUUCACACCCAUCAAGCAAAGUCCCCAGCAAUGUGUUUGCAAGCACCUUCUUUGAGGGGAUGAGCAAUUCUCCGGACAUCUGGAGCGCCGUAAACGGGCUGAACCAGCAGGGCUAUGAAGGUGCGCUGGGGGCCUCGGCGGGCCACCAAACACAGCUGGGGAGCUACAACAACCUGCAGCCGACCCACGGUAACCUGGUGAGUUUUCCUUCAUCAGCCCUGGUGAAUGUUGAUACAAAAACUCUUGUUUUUAAAACGCGUUUGCUUUCUGGUCAGGAUUUCUCUCCUCAUUCGGUGCUGGCGGCUGAAAUGAACAGAGGAUUACCGCCGAUGUCCACCUUUCACCGCAACAACACGGUGUCCCGCUCUCCCUCUGACAGCCACUCCGAGAAUCCAGCAGGAAGCCAAGUGAAUGUGUCAGGAGCGUCACAGACAGGCGAUACGCUGGGAAAAGCUUUGGCCUCUAUUUAUUCCCCCGAUCACACGAGCAGCAGCUUCCCCUCCAGCUCCUCUACACCAGUGAGAUCUCCUUCCCCGCUCCCAAACGCAGCUGAAUCUACAGGGAACAACUUGUGGCCCCGCAGUUCAGUUCAGCCACCGGUGUCACCGCAUUUUGAGUCCUCACUCAUAUCAUUGUCUCAGGUGGAGGACCGCCUGGACAGAUUGGACGACGUCAUCCACGUUCUGAGGAACCACGCCGUGGGCCCCACUUCCUGUCUGCCCAGCGACAUCCACGGCUUACUGGGCCAGUCCCACCACAGCCACCCAGCCAGCACCGCACCGCUCACCUGUCACACUCCAGCAAUGGUCGAAGGUGUCUCCAUGAACAACAAUCAAUCAACCUUCCAGAGCCGAACACAAAAUGGCCACCCAUAUCCGCCCAGACAGAGGAACACAUUCUUACAAGCUGCAGGAGGAGGAGGAGGAGGCGGUGGCUUGAAUGUUCAGAGUAACCUGGAGUUAAAGAUGGAAAGCAGGGAAGUGGAGGAGAUGAUGCACACCAACCACGACCACGGCUCAGACAGCCCGAGAUCAGACGAGGAGAGUGAACACAAAACACACGGAGAGAACAGCACGCAGAACAGCAUCCACGAGGACGAGGACCUGAGCCCAGAGCAGAAGGCCGAGCGCGAGCGAGAGCGGAGGAUGGCCAACAACGCUAGAGAGCGUCUGCGGGUGCGGGACAUCAACGAGGCCUUCAAGGAGCUGGGCCACAUGUGUCAGCUGCACCUGAACAGCGAGAAGCCGCAGACCAAACUGCUGGUUCUGCACCAGGCCGUGGCCGUGAUCCUUAGUCUGGAGCAGCAGGUCAGAGAGAGAAACCUGAACCCAAAGGCUGCAUGUCUGCGGAGAAGAGAAGAAGAGAAGGCGUCCAGCAUCAUGUCGGAUCCACAGCCUGUACAUCUCGCUUUCCAUCCGAGCCUGACGGACCCGUCGAACCCCAUGGGUCACCUCUGAGCACCUGUUACUGACAACUCAAAGUCUCACUUAAAGCGUUUCAUUCAUUUACAUCAACGAUUAGUUUAAAUCACUGUACAAACUGAUGCAACGGCUUUCAAGUGUUCCUACCCUUUGAACUUUUUCACAUUUUGUCACAUUACAUCCACAGGCUGCAACGGGUUUUGUUGAAGUUUUAUCGUAGUUGUGAUUUGGAGGGAAGAUAACAGUUUUAAAUAUUUUAUACAGGUAAAACAUUUAAAACUAUGUAUUCAUCCCCCGUUUGUCAAUAAAACCGAGGUUUUGCUGUACAUCUUUUGGGCGCAGCAAAA